CCGCCCCCGCCCUGGCCUCCUGUCCUUCUCCGCGUCUACCCCCCCGCUCCUUGGCUACUCUCUGAAAUGGGGCGAAGCCUCGUGGCCCCUGGAGGGGCUCAGCCCCCUGAGACCCCACGGGCCUGGGUACAAGCCAGAGCAAGGAGGAGGAAGGAGGGAAGAAUGGGCCCCAGGCUCCUGGCCCCCAGAGCCCCCCAGGACUCAGUGAAGUUCAAGGAUGUGGCUGUGGACUUCACCUGGGAGGAGUGGGGCUACCUGGACACUUCCCAGAAGGAGCUUUACUGGGAGGUGAUGUUGGAGAACUACAGGAACCUGGUCAGCCUGGGCCGGGCAGAUCUCAAAGUGGAUGUGAUCUCUCAGCUGGAGGCAGGAGAAGCACAUGGGAUUCCAGUGGAUAGUGUCCUAAGAACCUGCUGGCCAGAUUGGGAUGUCAGGCCUCAUACCAAGGAGUCACCUCCAAAGUUGAGUGUUUCUGUGGAAGACUUAUCUCAGCAAAGGUCUUUGUGGGAUGAUUCAUGCAGCUCCAAGAUGGGAAAAGCCCAGGACUAUUAUGGCAGGUUAAGGAAAGGGCAAAGCAAUGAGGAGAAACAUUCUAGACAAGGAAAAGCAAUUCAAGCAGAACCUGCCCAAGAAUUGAGAGGCUCUGAACAUAGUAAAUACAGCCAAACCUGUAGCCCAGAGCCAGUCAGUUUUCUGCACCAGGGAAUAUCUGGAGUAAUGAAAUUCCAUGAAGGUGCUAUUCAGAGAGAGACCUUCACCAUGUCUUCAGACCAAAGUCAGUGCAAUCAAAUGUCUUCUCAGAAGUAUUCUAACCUAAUCAAAUGUCAGGAAACCUUCAGUUAUACUUUAGACAGCAAGAAAAAAUGUGCAAUUUAUGCUGAAGAGAAACUUCAUCAAAGUGGAAAUUCUUUCCUCCUUAAUAAUGAAAUUACUCCACACCACAGAACUGAUACAGGGAAAAAGUCUUGUAUGUUGAGUAAAUGUGGGAAUAUAGAUCUUAACCAACAUUCUAGUAUUCAUGAUGAAAAGAAAGUUUAUAAAUGUAGUGAAUGUGGAAAGGACUUCCAGCAUAAGGUAAAUCUUAAACAACAUUGCAGAAUUCAUACUGGAGAGAAACCCUAUGAAUGUAAAGAAUGUGGGAAGACAUUCAGACAAAGUGCUCAUCUAUCUCUGCACAAGACAAUUCAUACAGGAAUAAAACCUCAUGAAUGCAGAGUAUGUAGAAAGGCAUUCUCUCGAAAGUCACAUCUUAUACGACACUACAAUAUUCAUACUGGAGAGAAGCCUUUUAAAUGCAGUGAUUGUGGGAAAGCCUUUUCCCGCAACACAGCCUUGACUCUACAUCAGAGAACUUACACUGGAGAGAAAUACUGUGAAUGGAAAGAAUGUGGGAAGAAAUUCAGACAAAGUUGUCAAUUUUCUCUGCACAAGAAACUUCAUACAGGAAUAAAACUUUAUGAAUGCACAAUAUGUAGAAAGGCAUUCUCUGGAAAGUCACAUCUUAUACGACACUACAAUAUUCAUACAGGAGAGAAACCUUUUAAAUGCAGUGAUUGUGGGAAAGGCUUUUCCCGCAACACAGCCUUGACUCUACAUCGGAGAACUCACACUGGAGAGAAACCCUAUGAAUGCAAUGAAUGUGGGAAGGCAUUCAUAGUAAGUGCUCAACUUUCUCUGCACAAGACAAUUCAUACGGGAAUAAAACCUCAUGAAUGCAGAGUAUGUAGAAAGGCAUUCUCUCGAAAGUCACAUCUUAUAAGACACUACAAUAUUCACACUAGAGGGAAAACUUUUAAGUGCAGUGAUUGUGGUGAAGCCUUUGAACUGAGCAUAGCACUGACUCGUCAUCAGAGAACUCAUGCUGGAGAGAAAUCUUAUGUGUGCAAUGAAUGUGGGAAGACAUUCAGAUCAAGCUCCAAACUUUGUCUGCACCAGAGAAAUCAUACAGGAAUAAAACCUUAUGAGUGCAGUAUGUGUAGGAAGGCAUUCUCUGCAAAAUCAAACCUUACAAAACAUUACAGAAUUCAUACUGGAGAGAGGCCUUUUAAAUGCAGUGAUUGUGGGAAAGCCUUUUCCCAGAGCACAGCCUUGACAGUACAUCAGAGAACUCACACUGGAGAGAAACCCUAUGAAUGCAGUAAAUGUGGGAAGGCAUUCAUUGUAAGUUCUCUACUUUCUCUGCAUCAGAGAACUCAUACAGGAAUAAAGCCUCAUGAAUGCAGAGUAUGUGGAAAGGCAUUCUAUCAAAAGUCACAUCUUACAAGACAUAGCAAUAUCCAUACUAGAGGGAAAACUCUUAAGUGCAGUGAUUUUGGGGAAGUCUUUGAACAGAGCACAACACUGACCCGUCAUCAGAGAACUCAAACUGGAGAUAAAUCCUAUGAGUGCAAUGAAUGUGGAAAGACUUUCACCCAGAAAGGUCUUUCAUUACAUAUUAAAAGAAUACAUGCUGGAGAGAAGUCUUAGGAAUGUAAUGAAUGUCAGAAGGCAUUCUCACAGAUCACAACUUUAACUUAACCUCAUAGAAUUUGUGAUGGUGAGAAACCUCAUUGUUAAAAUCUUGGAAACCAUACUUUUAUCUGGAAGAGACUCCUUGACAAAAUGACUUAAUAUUAGACAGGAAUCAUAGGCAUAUAGUGCAUGUGGAAAGCUCUUCACUUAAUGGUGGUCAACCAUCUCUCUUGAGUAGGUGGGUCACUGACUAGAGAUGCAAGUGAGGCAUAUAUUUUCACAAGUAACUAAUAUGUUACCUUAUUUUCCUACCUUGACAAUAUUUGUUACAAAGGAACUCUUGAUUGGGAAGGGGAGAUUCUGUAGUGACAGCAAUGUAUCCAAAAAGCAAAGGGACCAUUAAUAAAAGAAAAACUGUAAGCACAGAACUUCCUAAAUACCUUAUUGCUUCCAAUGUGAAAGACAGAUGAAGGGGAGACAAUAGCAUAGUAAAGAAGAUGAGAUUAGAACAGUUUAGUUACUGCUUGAUGUCUUAUUUUUCUAUCUUGAUAAUACUUGUUAGAAAGGAACUCUUGAAAAGGGGAGAUUCAACAGUUUAUCUAAAAAGUAAAGAAACCAUUAAUAAAAAGAAAAUUAGUCCUUUAGCCAGAGCAUAGUGUUGAAUUUGAAGGCAGAUUUAGUCUAUUCUAUUGGUAGUGUGGGGACCAAUUUUUAAUUGGGGAGUGCUAGCUAAGCGGCUCGCCGCAAUAUUGGGGCAAGGAAGGAGACCAGCAGCCUCCCUCAAAACAGAACAAGAUUUAUU